UAAGAGGUGCAGAAGCGCUCGUGCACGUCACGGCGGUCAUGGAGGCCAGUGUCGGGCGCGCGCAUCCCGGUUCGUUACGUCACUUGAAGCGCCCUGGCUCGUAGCUCUGGCAAAGAGAGGAAGAAAACGACAGAAGUACUCUAAAACAGGGCUUUCCCCGCCGUUAUCAGCUCUCAAAGUGAUAACGGCCCGUCUACAACAAUAGAUACAGGCACAGCCAUCUCACCAAACCGGACUAACCUCUUGUGGAAGAAGGAAUAUAACAUGACCAGAUUAAACGGAUAAAACCAGGCACUCUUCAACACAUGGUGAAAAUGAAACAUCUGCAUCUUUGAAUGCUUAAAAUAAGCCAAAAGUAGAUCACAGACCCUUCAAGAUUUACAAAAAUCAUCUUAUCGGUCCAUAUUGUCAUUUUCUCUUCACUCUUGCCCUUCUCCGGUCAAAACCACCAUGUAUGGUAGUGCCCGAUCCGUGGGCAAAGUGGAGGGCAACCACAGCGGCGGGAGCAAUCAGAGUCCCGGCCGCUCGCCCCGUCUCCCUCGCUCGCCCCAUCUGGGCUACCGCCGCACCAACAGCACAGGGGGCAGUGGAGCCGGAGGUCCAGGUGGUAAAACCCUUUCCAUGGAGAACAUCCAGUCUCUCAAUGCUGCCUACGCCACAUCCGGCCCCAUGUACCUGAGCGACAACGAGGUGGUGGCGUCUGGCCCGGACCUGCCGAAGAGCACCAUGACGCUGGGCCGCUCGGGAGGACGGGUGCCUUACGGCGUGCGCACCACAGUCAUGGGAUCCAGCCCAAACAUCUCCACUGGGGCUCCCGGAUCCGUUCCCACUGAUGCCAUUGCUUUUGGAGACCACCAUAUGCCUUCCACCCUGGCGUCCACUGUGCCUCAUUCGCUGCGCCAGGCGCGGGACAACACCAUCAUUGACCUGCAGGCCCAGCUCAAGGAGGUGCUCAGGGAGAACGAGCUCCUGCGGAAGGAGGUGGAUGUGAAGGAGAGCAAACUCAGUUCCUCCAUGAACUCCAUUAAGACCUUCUGGAGCCCGGAGCUGAAAAAGGAGCGCACCCUGCGCAAGGACGAGGUGUCAAAGAUUGCCGUGUGGAAAGAGCAGUACAGAGUCGUACAGGAUGAGAACCAGCAUCUCCAGAUGACCAUCCAGGCCCUCCAGGAUGAGCUGCGGAUCCAGAGAGAUCUGAACCAGCUGUUCCAGCAGGACCCCAGCGUUCGUCCCGGCGAGCCCCUGACUGCCGAGCUGACCGAGGAGAACUUCCAGCGGCUGCACGGUGAGCAUGAGCGGCAGGCCAAGGAACUGUUCCUCCUGAGGAAGACUCUGGAGGAGAUGGAGCUGCGCAUCGACACACAGAAACAGACGCUCUGCGCUCGAGACGAAUCCAUCAAGAAGCUCCUGGAGAUGUUGCAGAGCAAAGGGCUGUCGGCCAAGGCCAGCGAGGAGGACCACGAGCGGACACGGAGGCUGGCUGAUGCUGAGAUGCAUAUCCAUCACAUGAAAAGCCUUUUGGAGCAGAGAGAGAAGGAAAUGGUCUUUCUGAGAGAGGAUCUCCACCGACGAUUUGAGGGAGCUCCAGAAUCUGCCAAAACCAAGGCCCUGCAGACUGUCAUCGAGAUGAAGGACUCUAAGAUCAGUUCUCUGGAGCGCAGUCUGAGGGACCUGGAGGACGAGAUACAGAUGCUCAAGUCAAACGGGGCUCUCAGCACAGAGGAGAGAGAGGAGGAGAUGAAACAGAUGGAGGUCUACCGCAGUCACUCCAAGUUCAUGAAGAACAAGGUAGAGCAACUGAAGGACGAACUGGCGCAGAGCGAAGCGCAGGGCGAGGAGCUGAAAAAGCGGGCGGCUGAGCUGCAGCAAGAGGUCUCUGCCAUUGACCAGGUGAAGCAGGAUCUCUCCAGGAAGGAUACUGAGCUCUUGGGUCUGCAGACUAAACUGGAGAUGCUCGCCAAUCAGUUUUCUGACAGCAAACAGCACAUCGAUGUACUCAAAGAGUCUCUCACUGCCAAAGAACAGCGUGCUGCCAUCCUGCAGACUGAGGUCGAUGCUUUGCGUUUACGUCUGGAGGAGAAGGAGGCUACGCUUAAUAAAAAGAGCAAGCAGAUUCAGGAAGUGUCAGAGGAGAAGGGCGCCCUGAACGGAGAAAUUCACGACCUCAAAGACAUGCUUGACGUCAAGGAACGCAAGGUCAACGUGCUUCAGAAGAAGAUUGAGAACCUGCAGGAGCAGCUGAAGGAUAAGGAGAAGCAGAUGACCAGCCUGAAGGAGCGCGUCAAAUCCCUGCAGGCCGACACUUCAAACACGGACACGGCCCUCACCACGCUGGAGGAGGCCCUGUCUGAGAAGGAGCGUAUUAUCGAGCGUCUGAAGGAACAGAGGGAUAGAGACGAGAGAGAGAAGAGCGAAGAACUGGAGAGCAACAAGAAAGAGCUGAAAGAGCUGAAAGAGAAAGUCAGCUUACUGCAGGGAGAGCUGUCCGAUCGCGAGGCCUCUCUAUUGGACCUGAAGGAGCACGCCUCGUCCCUGGCCUCCUCUGGACUGAAGAAGGACUCCAAGCUGAAGAGUCUCGAAAUCGCUCUUGAGCAGAAGAGAGAAGAAUGCACCAAAUUUGAGAGUCAACUCAAGAAGGCUCAAUCCAUCGCAGUUGAGGCUCAGACAAAUGCAGGACUGUCGGAGCGCAUUGCCACACUUGAGCAGGAGGUGGCGCGUUACAAAGAGGAUGCUGGGAAGGCACAGGCCGAGGUGGACCGGCUCCUGGAAAUCCUCCGUGAGAUGGAGAAUGAGAAGAACGACAAGGAUCGCAAGAUCAACGAGCUGGAGAGUCUGCUUUCAAGGCAAAUGAAAGACCAAAGCAAGAAGGUUGCCAACCUGAAGCACAAAGAGCAGGUGGAGAAGAACAAGAACGCUCAGUUGAUGGAAGAGGCUCGUAAGCGAGAGGAUAACAUGAACGAGAGCUCUCAACAGAUCAAGGAUUCUCUGCAGCAGAAGGACGAGCGCAUCGAGGAGCUGGAGGAGGCCUUGCGUGAGAGCGUACAGAUCACAGCCGAGAGAGAAAUGGUGUUGGCACAAGAGGAAUCUGCCCGUGCAAAUGCAGAGAAACAGCGCUCUCAUGACCUAAUGCAUGACUCCGGCCACGCUGGCUUAAAGUGGCUCAAGAUGGAGGAGCUGUUGGCCGCCAUGGAAAAGGUGAAGCAAGAGUUGGAGUCCAUGAAGGCCAAGCUGUCAUCUACCCAGCAGUCUCUGGCUGAGAAGGAGGCCCACCUGACCACACUGAGGGCAGAGCGCAGAAAGCACCUGGAGGAGGUGCUGGAAAUGAAGCAGGAGGCGCUAUUGGCAGCCAUCAGCGAGAAGGACGCCAACAUCGCUCUUCUAGAGCUGUCGUCCUCAAAGAAGAAGAAGACUCAAGAUGAGGUGGCUCUGCUGAAGAGGGAGAAAGACCGACUGGUACAUCAGCUCAAACAGCAGACGCAGAACCGUAUGAAGUUAAUGGCUGAUAACUACGAGGAUGACCACCUCAAGGCCUCGAAUUCUGACCAGACCAAUCACAAACCCUCUCCGGAUCAGAUUAUCCCCCCACUCAUAGACCUCAAUCAAAACCGCAGUAAGCUGAAACUGUACAUCGGCCACCUCACAGCCCUGUGCCACGAGAGAGACCCCCACAUCCUGCAGGACCUGGCCCCACCCUCCGCAUACCACCGCAGCCAACAGGAAGCCUGGGAGGAAGAGCUUCAGAAGAUGAGCCCCGAGCAGCUGGAAUCCGAGCUGGAGCAGUGUGAACGAGAGAGUGCCGAACUACAGGAAUACGCAAACUCCGUCCUGCAACAGAUUGCCGAUCACUGCCCGGACAUCCUGGAGCAAGUGGUCAACGCUCUGGAGGAGUCCUGCUGACCGGACCGGAUCACGGAGCUCACUUUUCCUGCUUCUCCUUCCCUUUCUUCUGUGUUUCACAGAAUGCCAGCACACAGACACAAACUCUCGUACCCUCACCCACAUGCACAAAUCAAAGGACAGACACAUACGGGAAAGACUGACAGCUCACAAGUCAAGUGCACGCUUGGAUUGGCUUCGGGGUGUGCGAAUGGUGGGCUUUCCUUCUGCCCUCCCCUAUCACCACAUGCACCUUCAGAAUCCCGUUUACACUCACAUAAACAUGGGGAAGAAGAAACCGAAAGAGGGAAACGGGCGGCAGGGAAGCUUAGUAUUAUAAGACAUGUUCACUCAUUCAGUUAAACCCGUCCUGCGGGAGGUGAAGUUCUCUCUGUGAGGGUCAGGAAAUAGUCUCCUUAUCUUGAUAUACACUAUUGCCACAGCUUUUAAAAGCUGCAGGAUUUUUAAACCGUUUUGAAGCAAUUUAGAUUUUUUUCCCCCUCCCUCCUCCUCUCCCUUUUUUCUAGAUGCUUUGUUACUGACGUUAAAUUAUGGGUCAUUCGCGCAGGGCAAAACUCCUGCACUCUCGAACCAUCUGGUUUCACUCAAAACUUGGUUAAUGCUCCGGUUGUGCCAGCAGACAGUCCACGCGGACUUAAACAUAGCCUACUUUUACUAUCGAAGUCAGUAGCGGGUUUAGAUUACUGCAACCCCCACCAUCUGGGAAUUUACUAUUGACUUGGUUACUGGCCGAUUUCCUCCCCAAGUCUCGUUCAUGAAAGUUACAAAACGGACAAUAUGGGUAAUGUUAACCCGUAUGCACCUGUCACCAGCUAAAGAAACCACAGCCCUGGUUUGUGUCUGUUAAAGGUGAGAGGAAGAAAAUUAUUUUCCUUGGAAGUUGUAGGUUUAUUGCUGCUAACAUUUGUCUUUGCAUGUGGCAGGUUUGGUUUGCUCGUGUUUUUCUAUAGCUCUCUGAUGAUGCCGAGGGCGGUAAAACAGAGGGUGUAUUGCCGACGCAGAUGUUGUGGACGCAGAAGUGCCUCAUCAUCAGAGAGCAGCUGCCACACAUCACUGGAAUAGGAAAAUAGGUACCUAUCACUCAUUCCGUACUUUGAAAACUAUGUGGUCUCACACUGGGAUGAAGACUGGCGGUAGUUUUUCAGUUUGCUCGAUUUUGCUCUACAAGGUUUUCUUGACGGAUAAGGUCAAAUAAAAGUAGCUGUUUAGAUACCCUCUUGCUUUAUUCCACUCUCUCUUUUUUUUUGAACAGUUGGAAGUUGUUUUUUGCGGUUGCUUUCUGAGAUAUCAUCAAGCUUUGAUCCCAAGCAUCUCGCAUGUACCAUCAUGCUCCUGUCUUUCUCUUUGCUUGGCUUCAUAUCAUCAUCCUCAGACCCGGGCGUCUCUGUUAGCACAGCCGGCAGGUGUAUCCUCUUUCACUUUAUGGUUAUAUGGGUCUAUAUCCGUUGGCAUUGGGUGUCCCUUUUUGGAGUGAUAAGAUACAACCUCGUUCAACUUGUGAUAAACGUGUUCGGCCGUUGCUUUAAAGUCCAGAGUCGACUUCCCCUGUGGAUGACACUGGGCGUAACGUGCCCUCUGCUCUUCUCUCUCUAUAUCUCCUCAUCCCUCCCUCAUUCAUGCCUGUGUGUAGUUUAUGGCUCUGACCUGCUGUGUUGUGUUAGUCAUACUCCUCUCUGCACGAUAAGCCCCACAGACAAGACAAACAGCACAAGAUCACAGCGAAUAUAAUCAUCUCUCUCUCACACGCUCCCGUAUCACCAUACCACCUCUCCUCAUGCCCAUACGCACUGGUUAUGAGGGAACCUGCCACGUGUUGUGGGGCCAAACGUUCGCUUUACCCAGAUUUGAUUGCACUGUGAGUCUCUACUCUAGUAGCUGUAACUAGUACUAGUAUAUUGUUCUCCAGAGAUUCAUGUUUGUUUGUCUCUGUGUGAAUGAUUUAGACUAAAAGACGGGUUUAUGUAUUUGGGUGAAUUUCAUAAAAACGCAUUCAGGUCACAUUGUACGCCAAAAUCAUAAGAAAUUAUAUAUUGCAUAAAAAGGAAUGAAGCUACAUUAUUUUCAUGAAAA